CCUCUUCCUUAGCUUCCUGGGCUCCCAGGGCUCCCAUGGGAUCUGUGCACACACCGGGGCGAGGAGGCGAGACACAUAUCUACAAUAGAUCAGCGCAUUCUCCCCUCCUGGAUCCGGUGCUCUUUCAGAUCUCAUCAUCCCUGGUUCGCCCCGUUCUUUGGUAUUUGGAAGAAUAAAACAAGACCAAAGAGAAGCAGCUUGAAGAAGCGCAUACAAAGCGGGAACCCAAGAACCAGUGGCUAAAACAUGGAUCUCGACAGGCAGGACGAAAUCGAAUCGCCCGUGAUCGAGGACUUCCUCGACUGCGACCAACUCUUCUCAGACUCGGACGGCGACAGCUCUGGCAGUCCCCCGCCCAAGAAGACGCCUGGACGCCUUCACAUCCCGGUUGACAUGUCAAGCACCCAGUACAUGACGUCCGGCGCCCACCACCCGGAGCGGUCUCAGAUGGACGGCUUGCCAAUCUGCACCAGCGGUCCCCAAACAGGUGCCUACCACUCGGGCGAGCUAGACCCCUAUAGCGCAGUCUCUGGCGUCUCGUCAUUCAAUUACCCCGCGGCUGCUGAUCCGAGUCUUCUGACUCCCGCGUCCAGCUCGGGGAGCCCCCCUCUGCCGCACAAGCAGUCGGUCAAGCCGAUGCGGAACUACCACCAAUCGACCCUGCCAUCACAAGCACCCACUCCUCCCGACUCGUCCAGGAUGUACGGCUACAACGGCUACGACAUGGCUUCCAGCAGCCAGAGUCCGUCCCCCCUGACGGUGAAUCCGGCCGUCACUGAGAGCGGGGGAUUCAUGCCGCCUUACAUGGCCCACUCGCCUCCCAUCAGCCACCAUCCUUCCUCGCCCAGGACGGAGAUUCCCCCCCCAAUCAACCCCUACCUCGGCCAUUACACCGUCUCGGGGCCAAACGAGGCCGAGGUGACGCCGCACUCGCUGCAGGACUACCACCCGUACGGCGUCGAGGUUGCGCCGGAAGCAUACCUCGCCCAGCAGCGGCAGCAACAGCAGCAGCACCAGCAGCACCACGUCUCGGCCGGCUCGCCGCCCGUGCACCAACGCAUGCCUUCGGACGGCGGCGCGACGCCGGACCUGUCACAGCCUCACCCGGCGCAGUUCCGCCCCCACCAGGUCGGCGCCGUCGAGGACCUGCGCGACCCCGGACUGCUUCUCGGGCCGCCCUACCCUCCCGCCGGAGCGCUCAGCCCCGGCCGGAGGGCACAGACGCGCAGGAAGCCGGCGCCAGGGCGCAAGCCGUCCCGCACGCCGCCGAAGACGGCGGCGGCGACGGCAACAACGACGACAACGACCCUCGUAGGAUCGGCCGGCGCCAAUAGCCAGCUCCAGCCGUCCGAGGACGAGGAGGAGGAGCUCACGCUAAGGGACGACGCGCCCGAGGACGACAAGUACCUGUUCCAGCUCCGCAAGGAGUUCAUCUCGGAGAAGGGCAAGGGCAUGUGGGAGGAGAUGAAGGCCAAGUACUCAGAGAAACACCAAGGCAACUGGGAGAAGGCCGCCCUGCAGAUGAAGGUCUCGCGCGCGGUGGCUCGCUACGGAGUCUGGCCAGCGAAAGAGAUUGAGCGGCUAAAAGAAGCCUUCGAGUACUUCGAGGAGAUGCGGUACCAGUUCAUCCUCGCACGGAUGAAGGAGAACGGCGGCUGCCGCGUCUGGGACUGGAAGAAACCGCACAUUAUAGCCAUGCUCGUCAAGCUCGGCCUCGAGGAGCCGACGGUCAACGAAAAGACGGGCACCCGCCGGCGCAGGCAAAAGGCGGCGGCGAGGCGGCAGGGCAGCCCCCAGGUCGGCGUCGCCGCCGCUGCUGCCGCCGCCGCCGCCGCCGCUGGAGGUGCUCACCCGGCCAUGGGCGACUGGUCCGCCGGGCUCGGCCUGCACCACCCGAUGUACCACAGCCACGCGCACCACGUGGCCGCCGGCGCGGCGGCCAUGGUUACGGAGGACUUUGGCGGCCCGCCGCAGCUGAGCCCGAAGCAGGAGGAGGACCUCAUCAACGAAGUGUUCCGGGACGUCAGGCCCGAGCGCGACCUCAGCUCCGACGACGGCAUGGAGGGACUCUCGUACGGCCCCAACAACGGCGACGCCGGCGCGGACCGUCGUCCUUCGACAGCAGCAGCAGCAGCGGGGACAGCAGGGGCCGGGGCCGGGGCACCGCAGAGCGAGCUCAACCACAACCACAACCACCACCAUCACCAUCACCACCACCACCACCAGGGCAGCACCCGCGUGGCGCGGCAGACAUGCGAUCAGCAGCUGCUCCAGCACCCUGCUCCUCAUCCUGCUCCUCCUUCGCAGAUGACCGAGAAUCCGUACGCCCCGCAAUGAUUGGGGGGCCAAAGACAAACCAAUACCAUGACACGGGAACCGCCUUAAACAUCAAGACACACACGAAGUGCAACGUGGAACAAGGGGCUAGGGGGAACAAGUAUCACGGGGAAUGAAUGAAC